ACAUUACCUUCUAAAUAUGAAGCACUAUUCCGUAAUCUUAUUAAAUUUUAUGAAGAAAAACAAUAUCAAACAGCCUUGUCCUAUGCUGAUAAUAUUUUGAGAGAUUAUCCACAACAUGGUGAUACAAUGGCUAUGAAGGCUUUAUUAACAAGAUAUCUUAAAGAACAAGAAAUUAACAAGCAUGCUUAUAAUAUGGUUAAAAAGGCUUUGGAAUAUGUUAAUAACAAGUCAUUUAUUUGUUGGCAUGUUUAUGGAUUAAUGUAUAAGGAAGAUUUUAAAAUUUCUCAAGCAAUUACUUGUUUCCAAAAUUCAUUAAAAUUUAAUCCAACUAAUGAAAUUCAAGCUUGGCGUGAAUUGAGUAAUGUUCAAAUUCAUUCAAGAGAUUAUAAAGGAGCGAUUGAAAGUAGAAGAAAGUUAAUUGAAUUAAAACCAGGUAUUGGUGCAUUUUGGUUAGGUUAUGCUGUUGCUCAACAUUUAAGUGGAAAUUUAACAGGCGCUAUUCAAACUAUUGAUAAAUACAUGACAGCACUUUUUGAACAAAGUAAUAAGGAUAGUAAGAAUUACAAAUUUGAAAAAUCAGAAUUAUUACUUUAUUUAGCACAAAUGAUGUAUGAAAAUGGUCAAUAUAAGGAAUGUGCUGAUUCUUUAUUAGCUAAUACUAAAUUUUUAGCUGAUGAACUUUCAACUUUGGAAUUACUUGCUGAUUGUUAUAUUAAAUUAAAUCAAUUAGAUCAUGCUAAAAAGAUUGCUUUACAAUUAAUUAAGAAGAAUUCAGAAGAUUAUUCUUAUUAUGGUAAAUAUCAAUUAGCUUGUGGAUUUAAUACAAGUGAAAAUAGAUUCCUCCUCGAUGAUUCUAAAUCUAAUAAUAAUCAACAAGAAGAAGUUGCAUUGAAAUUAUUUGAAAUGUAUACAACAAGUGAAGAUUUGAAGGAAUUUAGAGAAAAAUCACCAGUUCUUAAAAUGAUUAUUCUUUCUCUCUGUCCACCAUAUAACAAUUCAAAUGAUGAAAGAUUUAAAAAGGAAUUGAAUUCAUUUGUUGAACCAUAUUUUACCAAGACUAUUCCAUCACUUUUUAAAACUUUGAAAUCAAUUUAUCAAAAACAAACUUGUAAAAUUGCACUCAUUGAACAAGCCAUGUUAGAAAGAAUGAAUCAAGAAGAAUCCAAUACUACUUCUAAUACUUCUAAUACUUCUACUACUACUACUAACAAAGAUCCAACCAUUUUACUUUGGAUUUAUGUUUAUUUAUCACAACAUUAUGAUGCCAUUCAUCAAUAUGAUAAGGCUCUUGAAUAUGUUAAUAGAGCUAUUGAACAUACUCCAACUCUUAUUGAAUUGUACAUGCUCAAGGCUAAAUUUUACAAACAUUUAUUUAAUACUGAACAAGCUGCUUUAUGUAUGGAACAAGCACGUUUAAUGGAUUUAUCUGAUCGUUAUUUAAAUACUAAAGCAACCAAAUAUUGGACAAGACAUGAUGAAAUUGAAGAAGAAGAAAAGGAUUCUAAUUUAAUUCCAAUUGAAGAUGGUGCUAUUUAUCAUCGUAAUAAUGUUCAUGAUAUGCAAUGUUUAUGGUUUGAAAAUGAAUGUGGUGAUGCUCAUUAUAGAAAGGGAGAAUUAUCAAUGGCUGUUCGUAGAUAUUAUUAUACAGUUCAACAUUUUAUGGAAAUGUAUGAAGAUCAAUUUGAUUUCCAUACUUAUUCAAUUAGAAAGAUGACACUUAGAUCAUAUAUUGAAAUGAUGAAAUAUUAUGACAAGUUAUAUUCACAAUAUUUCUAUUUCCAU